UGGGGUGAAAGCAAGCGCUUUAACUGCAGCGCUGACCUUUCACUUGUAGGGUGCCGUGGGUCAUCACUCGAUUGAAAGCACAUCCGUUAAAUGCUGUUAUGUGUAAUAUAUUUUGGAUAUUACUGUAUUAUGUCACACUGAAGCACGUAUUUACUCAAACAAAACAAAAAAAAUCUACAAGUAGUAGUUUAAAGUUGACAAAAGAGCAGCGAUGCUCAAAUUGAGUUAUGCAUUUGAGUGGUGAUCUAAUAAAGAUUAACUAUUUUAGGCGCGUCUGCAGAGGAAAGGAGCUUAACCACGUUAGAGACGGCGUGCUAUUCUUGGAAAUUACAGGAUAAAUCCAAAAGUAAUGCGGAAAAGUGCACACUAAGUAGUAUAGUAACUCAGGAGCAUCCCUGUAUUGUAAUUGCACACAAAGCUUGCUGUCAGGAUUUAUUAUGCUGUACAAACUGAAACCACAAUGAUGUUUAAUUAUACAACUAAUUUUAAAUCAAAACUGGUGGUUUAUAUUUUUAAUAUUUUUGUUGACAUGAUUAAAUGCAGAUGAACCUCAUGCAGUAAACGCAACACCAUGCUUCCAAUCGGGAGGAAAGACAAUAGUUGCUAACUAUCAAUGGUGAGGCUUCUAGUUGCCGCACGCUGCGAUGACCACCAGCUGUGACCAGUCAGAUGGUCCUGUGGGGGUGGUCGGGCCCUCUAGACGCCCCCCCCUCCCCUCUUUCCCCGGACGAGGUACCCGUAUAAAAGGCGUGACUCGCCCCUCCCGUACACACGGAGACUGACGAGCAGCCCGUUUGGACGGCCUGACACGCCUGUGCUGCCCUUCAUGGAUGCUCCAGCAGCAUCCUCCGUGGAAGUGACGCACUGACUUGACCACCGCAGCUCCUCGCCUGUGAGUGUUGGGACCGUUGCCAUGGCGAACAGGGGACCCAGUUAUGGACUGAGCCGGGAGGUGCAGGAGAAGAUCGACCAGAAGUACGACCCGGACCUGGAGCAGAGGCUGGUGGACUGGAUCGUGGCUCAGUGUGGGGCUGGCGUGGAGAAGCCUCCGGUGGGCAAGCAGAGCUUCCAGCAGUGGCUGAUGGACGGAACGAUCCUGUGUCGACUCAUCAACAGCCUCCACCCGAAGGGCAAGGAGCCCAUCAAGAAGAUUCCUGAGUCCCAGAUGGCCUUCAAGCAGAUGGAGAAGAUCUCCCUGUUCCUGCAGGCAGCGGAAGCCUACGGCGUCACCACCACCGAUAUCUUUCAGACCGUAGACCUCUGGGAAGGAAAGGACAUGGCCGCCGUGCAGAGGACCCUCAUGGCUUUAGGUAGCGUGGCCGUCACCAAGGACGACGGUCAAUACAAAGGAGACCGGGACUGGUUCCACAGGAAAGCCCAGGGCUACCGGCGAGAGUUCACAGAGGAGCAGCUACGCCAAGGCCAGAGUCUGAUCAGCCUGCAGAUGGGAAGUAACCGCGGCGCCUCCCAGUCGGGCAUGACGGGCUACGGUAUGCACCGUCAGAUCAUGUAGACCGGCGCGCUCUCGCUCUCGCUCGCUUCCUAGCUUGUACGUUUCUACUAACGCAACCUGCUGCGUGUGCUCAGAGCCUCGCUACCUUUUGCAGAAAUCACUGAGCUAACCUCAAACUGAAACUCCCUGAAACUGCUGCUUUGUUCUCACCAGCCUCUCUACUGUAAACAACCUUGUGUCUUCAUUUAUGUCAUUAUUAUUAUUAUUAUUUCAUAUCUUCUUUAGCUUCCCACGUGAGUCACCAUUAAAAUCCACAUGAUGAACAAGACCAUGUGCUGUAGAAGCAUGCUUCCUUCUCUGUUCUUGCAUAGACCAUUAUCUAUGAUGUCAUGGUCCACAAGCCUCACCUUGUGCCUGCUUUCCGGGUUCUAGACUGGGACCGGGUCCUGCUAGACUGGCCUCAAAUGAUAAAUGUUUGUGCUGUCAUUUAUUUUUGACAAGUCAACGUGAUGUGCGAUGUGUAGCCAACAGGAACCUUCCGGUGCUCCCACUCUUAUGUUUGUAUUUUUCAUAUUUAUAUCUGGAGGCUUACUGGGGGGGAAUAAAGUAUGUGAACAUAAGUAUGUCGCUGUGCAUUUUUGAUCAACACAG